AUGACCGCACUCCAUACCUCACAAUCCCAAGCACCAGACGACAUGGGCCUAGAACUCACACUGAUAGUCGCUGCGACUACGAAGAUGGGUAUUGGCUUCAAGGGAGGGUUGCCGUGGAAGGGACUAAAGAAGGAAAUGGCUUAUUUUAGGAGAGUUACUCUCGGAGGUGGAGAGAGUCAGAACACAGUAAUCAUGGGUCGCAAAACCUGGGACUCGAUACCACCUAAGUUUCGUCCUCUAAAGGGAAGAAGGAAUGUGGUGAUUUCUCGCUCUUUAUCGCCUUCCUCCACACCGGCGUCGACUACUCCAGAAACCGCAGACGGCCCAAUAAUCCUCCAAUCUCUUCCAGACGCGAUAGAGUUUCUCCGAAAUACCCAGAAAAACGAAAAAGUAUCUGGGAAGGUGUUCAUCAUAGGCGGUGCACAAAUAUAUAAAUCUGCGCUGGAGAUGAAGGAGGCGAAAAGGGUGCUGUUGACGAGAGUGCAGGGGGACUUUGAGUGUGAUACAUAUUUUCCCGAGAUGGGUGAAGGGUGGAGUAAGAAGUCUGGGGAGGAGUUGAGAGGGUGGACGGGAGAAGGGGAGGAAGUGGAGGAGGAGAUUGAGGAGGGUGGUGUUAGGUAUAGGUUCGAGAUGUGGGAAAGAUAG